AUGGCGGCGGAAAGGAUGGCGGCGACAUCGUCGGCGGUGGCUCUGUAUGUCGGGGAUUUGCAGCCGGACGUGACGGACGGCGAUCUCGCCGACGCUUUCUCGGAGUACAACGUCGAGUCUGUUCGGGUCUGCCGCGAUUCGUCCACGAGACUGUCUCUCUGUUACGGAUAUGCCAACUUCCUCUCUCGUCAGGAUGCUGUCCGUGCUAUUGAGGAGAAAAAUCAUUCCUCACUGAAGGGGGGACUUAUAAGAGUUACUUGGUCGCGUCGUGAUCCUUAUGCAAGAAGAAGUGGAAUUGGAAAUGUCUUUAUCAAGAAUCUGAGUGACUCGAUCGAUUGCGUGAAGCUCCAAGAGAUUUUUCAGAAGUUUGGUAAUAUAUUGUCAUGUAAAGUUGUCACUUCUGAUGAUGGAAAAAGCAAAGGAUAUGGCUUUGUCCAGUUUGAAUCUGAAAGCUCUGCAGAAGCUGCAAUUGAGAACCUCAAUGGGUCCACUAUUGAAGGCAAACAAAUGCUUGUGGCUAAGUUUAUGAAGAAGAGUGACCGAGCCAAUCUUAGUCAUGAAGAGUACACGAAUUUGUAUGUGAAGAAUUUGGAUACAAGUUUCUCUGAAGAAGUCCUCAGGGAGAAGUUCUCCAAAUAUGGAAAAAUUGUAAGCUUAGUCAUAUCGAAGGAUAAGAAUGGCACGUCUAGAGGAUUUGGGUUUGUCAACUUUGAGAACCCCGAUGAUGCAAAACGUGCAGUGGAGGCUUUCAAUGGAUCAAAACUUGGCUCAAAGGUUUUGUAUGUCGCCCGGGCACAAAAAAAAUCUGAACGAGAUGAAAUCCUACGCCGACAAUUUGAGGAGAAAAAGAAGGAAUGGCGCCUCAAAUACCAGGCAUCGAAUGUCUAUGUGAAGAAUAUUGGCGAUGAUGUUACAGACGACGAGCUGAAGGAACGUUUUAGCAAAUGCGGGACAAUUAUGUCAGCAAAGAUUAUGCGAGAUGACAAAGGAGUGAGCAAAGGGUUUGGAUUUGUUUGCUUCUCCACCCCCGAGGAGGCCACUAAAGCUGUUUAUACUUUCCGUGGGAUAAUUUUGCAUAGAAAGCCACUGUAUGUGGCAAUUGCUCAGAGAAAAGAGGAUAGACAAGCUCAGUUGCAGCUCAUGCAUGCACAACGCAUGGCAGGAUUAGGGGGACGAUCAACUAUUUUUCCUGGUGGGUACUCCCAUUAUUACUACCAAGCUCCUGGUGCCGUCUCACAAUAUCCUGCACAAAGUGCUGUGAUGUAUCAGCCUAGGGGAAUCGGGCCCGGAUGGAGGGGUAAUGGUCUCUCGAAUAUUUCUAGACCCGGAGUUCAUCCAUCUCCAGGCACAUUGGCACCUAAUAAUCCAAGAUCGCACGGACAGAAUGGAGGAAGGUUGAAUGGCCAUGGUUUUCCUCUGGGUGUUGCUCUGCCAUAUGCAUCACAUUUCCAGCAGCCUGAAGAUUCAAGGAACCAUCAGCCUAUUGUAUUUGGUACCGGACUGGCUACUGGGGGCUCACAGAUGUUGAGUAGCAUGCUUGCUGCAGCUUCUCCAGAUCAACAGAAGCAUAUACUUAGUGAUCGUCUUUAUCCUCUUGUUGCUCAUCAUCAGCCUGAUCUGGCAUCGAAGAUAACGGGAAUGAUUUUGGAGAUGGAUAACUCCGAGCUGCUGUUGCUGUUGGAUUCACCUGAGGCACUAGCAGCCAAGGUGAAAGAGGGAGUUGAGGUGCUCAAAAUUUCCAAGUCUAAGGUCUCGAAAACCCACGACCCACUUCCUUCGAAGUACGUUUCUACUCAAGUUACUAGCAAAAGCAAUACAGCCGCCUACAAAAUCGACGGCGAAUACAUUUUCCGGUCAAAAAUUGCGGCUGGCCGUCGACCGCCCUCCAUCCCGACCUCUCAUUUCACCUAUCCCGGCGGCGGAUCGAAAACAUUCGAGCUCAAACGUUCCUGCGAGAGCGGGUAUUUGUUGCCUAACGAGAAUUUGGGUAGCGGCGGUGCUGCCGAUGGUAGCCUGAAUGCGAUGGAGUAUUUGACGAACAUUUUGGUGUCUAAGGUGUAUGACGUGGCGUACGAGUCGCCGUUGCAGCUAGCAGCGAAGCUAUCCGGGAGGUGUGGCGUCAAUAUCUGGCUGAAGAGGGAGGAUCUUCAGCCUGUUUUCUCAUUCAAGCUUCGAGGUGCGUACAAUAUGAUGGCUAAACUCCCGAAAGAACAGCUCGAAAGGGGAGUAAUUUGUUCAUCCGCUGGGAAUCACGCUCAAGGCGUGGCAUUAGCUGCCCAGAGAUUGGGUUGCAAUGCAGUGAUUGCUAUGCCUGUUACUACUCCAGAGAUCAAGUGGAGAUCGGUUGAGAGAUUAGGGGCCACGGUUGUACUCAUAGGGGACUCGUACGAUGAAGCCCAGGCAUACGCAAAAAAACGAGCUGCGGAUGAGGGCCGUACAUUCAUACCUCCUUUCGACCACCCUGAUGUAAUAACAGGCCAAGGAACAGUUGGGAUGGAGAUUGUUAAACAGAUGCAGGGCCCACUAGAAGCAAUAUUCGUGCCUGUUGGUGGAGGUGGACUUAUAGCCGGCAUUGCUGCUUAUGUGAAGAGGGUGGCUCCACAGGUGAAAAUUAUUGGGGUGGAGCCAUUUGAUGCGAAUGCAAUGGCACUGUCACUGCACCAUGACCAGCGAGUUGUGUUGGACCAAGUUGGGGGUUUUGCGGAUGGUGUGGCUGUAAAGGUGGUUGGAGAGGAGACUUUCCGCCUCUGCAGGGAGCUUGUGGAUGGCGUGGUUCUCGUAGGGCGUGAUGCCAUUUGUGCGUCGAUAAAGGACAUGUUCGAGGAGAAAAGGAGCAUUUUAGAGCCAGCUGGUGCUCUUGCCCUUGCUGGAGCUGAAGCUUACUGCAAGUACUAUGGACUCAAGGGUGUUAAUGUAAUAGCUGUGACAAGUGGAGCUAAUAUGAACUUUGAUAGAUUGAGAUUAGUAACUGAACUUGCAGAUGUUGGUAGACGGCGGGAAGCUGUGCUCGCCACCUACAUGCCUGAGGAGCCUGGAAGCUUUAAACAGUUUUGUGAGCUUGUUGGCCCUAUGAAUAUUACUGAAUUCAAGUACCGAUAUAAUUCAGAUAAAGAAAAGGCUUUAGUACUAUACAGUGUUGGCCUUCACACGGAUUUAGAACUCGAAGCAAUGGUCCGGAGAAUGAAAUCAGCUCAGCUACACACCAUUAAUCUUACAGAAAAUGACUUGGUAAAAGAUCAUUUGCGGCAUCUGAUGGGUGGAAGGUCGAAUGUGAAAGACGAGCUAUUAUGCCGCUUCAUUUUCCCUGAAAGGCCUGGAGCAUUGAUGAAAUUCUUGGAUGCUUUAAGUCCACGUUGGAAUAUAAGCUUGUUCCAUUACCGUGGGCAGGGAGAAACUGGAGCAAAUGUGUUGGUUGGUAUCCAAGUGGCUCGUAAUGAGAUGAGUGAGUUUCAAGAUCGAGCAAACAGUCUCGGGUAUGAGUAUGAGCUGGAAACGAGGAAUGAAGCCUUCCAGCUUUUAAUGCGGUGA